UAAAGAAUGCAACAUUAACGGGGUAUUGGUAUUACUAUUACAUUUCUAAUUUCAUGAAUCAUCAUAAAUUCAUACACAACCCAGAUUUGUUUCUUACGACUCUCCAAAGAUCCAACAACCUUCUCUUUCUCUCUGUCUCCUCUUUGCUGUACCAAUAGCGUACCUUCUUCUUUUUUCUCUCUCUUUCUUCACCAAUUUUUUCUCAACUACAAGGGUUUUAUUGCUAACAAUUUUUCAUGGCUCAUAACCCUUCUUCUGGUACAAAUGGUAAAAUGAAGGAUGAUAAACCACUGGUGGUUUGCUUUGGGGAAAUGCUGAUUGAUUUUGUGCCCACGGCUGCCGGAGUGUCGCUUGCUGAGGCACCUGCAUUUGCUAAAGCUGCUGGUGGUGCUCCUGCUAAUGUUGCUGUUGGAGUAUCGCGAUUAGGAGGUUCCUCGGCUUUUGUUGGAAAGGUGGGAAAGGAUGAGUUUGGCUUCAUGUUAGCUGACAUUUUGAAGCAAAAUAAAGUAAAUAAUUCAGGAAUGAGAUUUGAUCCUGGGGCAAGGACAGCACUGGCUUUUGUUACUUUGAGAGCUGAUGGAGAGCGUGAAUUUCUCUUUUUCCGCAAUCCAAGUGCUGACAUGCUCCUUCAAGAAUCUGAGCUCGAUAAAGACCUACUUGAGAAGGCAAGGAUCUUGCACUAUGGUUCAAUUAGCUUGAUAGAGGAACCUUGCAGAUCAGCUCAUCUUGCUGCGAUGAAAAUUGUGAAGAAGGCAGGUGGUUUCCUUUCUUAUGAUCCCAAUUUGCGAAAGCAAUUAUGGUCAUCAGAGGAAGCUGCUAGGGUUGGCAUAAUGAGCAUAUGGGAACAAGCUGAUAUGAUUAAGGUAAGUGAAGACGAAAUCACAUUCUUGACUGGUGGUGAGGACCCAUACGACGAUAAUGUUGUUAUGAAGCUCUUUCAUUCCAAUCUUAAGCUCUUGAUUGUGACUGAAGGGUCAGAAGGUUGCAGAUACUACACUCAGACGUUUAAGGGUAGGGUUGGUAGUGUGAAAGUUAAACCUGUGGACACAACCGGUGCAGGCGAUGCAUUUGUGGGAGGAUUUCUAAACAUUUUAGCCUCUGACUUGAAAUUAUUGAAGGAUGAAAAGCGGUUAAGGGAUGCUUUGUAUUUUGCAAAUGCAUGUGGUGCUGUUACGGUUACGAAGAGAGGAGCCAUUCCUGGUUUGCCAACAAGAGAUGAAGUCCUUGAAAUCUUACAACAAGUGUGAUACAAAUUCUAGGCACAUUCUUUUUUGAGUAAUAUUGUGUAUUUGAUGUAAUUCUAGGUUGAUAGUAUACCCCUUUUAGGGUGCAAAAUAUAUACAGUAGUUCUUUUUGUUUCAAAUUACUAUAGUUUUUUUCGGUUUUAAGUUGAUAGGUUAAUCCUAUUUCAGACUAAGCAGAAGCUGUAUCAUCGCCAAGUUAAUUCUUUUAGCUUGUUUGAUGUUGGUGUAUGAUUGUAUUGCACCAUUAUUUUCUGAAUAAAAGGUAUUAUUCUUGUAUUAUAUGUUUCGUAAAAUUUCAUUUUACGAAAACAGUAUGGGUAGGACUGUAGGAGACUCUAGGAGAGUGCUGUUAAUGCAAUUGGGCGCCAAUGAAAUUUGCUGUUUUG